AUGCGCGCCCUCUCCGUCCCCCUCCUCUCCCUCCUCUCUAUCGUCCCUCUCCUCCAUUACCCCUUCACAGCCGCGCAGGCUCUUCCCUUAACCUUGCUAUGCAACACAGCCGACCUGAUAAGCGCCUGCACCGCCAAACCUCUCCUCGUCUCCUGCCCCGCCACCGGCUCUGCCAGCCAGUCGGUCACCAUGGCUGGCUUCGACGGCACGGACUAUGGCGACGGCGACAAUUCUCCCACUACGGAUGCGACCGGCCCGGCCUGCUUUUGCCAGUGCAGGUGCUUGACUCCGACGGAUGCGCAGAAUGCACGGGAAAGGCGUAUAGGCGGUCAGGAAACUGCGCCUGUGGACGGUGAUGGUGCGGUGCAGGAGCUUGACGCUGGUUUUUCUGAUGACGAGUCGGACGAUGAUGAGGGGGGAGGAAGUGGUACUUCUGCUGAUGAGUCGGACGGUGAUGAGGGGGGAGAGGUUCCGGCGCCGGCUGUGGCUCAAGGAGGGUCGAUGACUACGGUAGCGAGUAGUGCUUCGGUGGCUACGAGUACGACUGCAUCAGCGACGACGACGACUUCGGCGGUAGUAGAGCAGCUUGGACCGCACGCCGGGAGCGAGGGAUCAAAUCCGAUUGCUCUGUGA